UCAUGUUAUCGGUAUAAAUAUCGCAGCCAACUUUUCUCAAAAGAUGCCAACACCAAGACAGCGAGCAAUGGCAGCUUCUUCUGAGACUCGUGCUCUUCUACCAGCUAUACCCGCGAGAUCAGGCACUGAUCCUACUUCGUAUUUCUGGCGAUUCACUACCCGUCUGCCCCCACUCCCCGCGGAAUAUCACCAGCGACUCCGCUCGGCUGUCAUAGAGGGAGACCCCCUAGAUGUCGCCAAGGAUUGGCAAAACUAUUCUUUCCAGCCCAACAAUUCCCAAACCCCCGCGAACCCGUUCCCAUUUCCACCGCCCUCAUCCUACACGCACACUUACUCGAACAGAGCUCUCUCCGGCCAGCGGGCUCCACCGGUCCACUUCCAGAGCAUGGGGGAGGGCGGAAUGUCCAAUAGAAUACUAGUGCUCAAUACAGCAAAUGAAAAAAAACCAGGAGGGGAAUGGGAAGGUGGCGUUUUGUCCCAAGAGGAGGGUUUCGCCAGGCGCUCGAAUCUCAUACAGGCCCUAACAACGACAGACCCCCGAUCAGGCCUACAGACAUAUUACCCACUCGAAAACACGAGCGGAAUAUAUUCGCCCAAUGUUGUCGUCUUCAGGGAAGGUUUUGACAAAGAUUACGAGAUGUGGCGAGACGAGGAGUGGACGACACUGGCGAUCGUUUCCGCACCAGCGGUCCGGAGGCCAAAAGUUGAUGAAUCAGGGCUCCACUAUUCCUUCACAGAGGAGAGGCAAUUGCAACGCGAAAAGAUGAAGAGUGUGCUGAGGAUAGCUGCUUUAAAUGGCCAUACAAAUUUAGUUUUGGGGGGGUUCGGCUCCUGCGGACCUGAAGGAAGUGGCGGUGGCCUGUACAAAAAUCCUGUCCGGGACGUCUGCCUUCUUUGGAAAGACCUACUUUUCGAAGAUGAGGAAUUCAAAGGAUGGUUUAAGAACGUUGUUUUUGCUUUUGGAAAAGGAGGUGGAAGUUGGAUGAAAGAAGACGGCAAUAGUAUUGAGGAGUUUAAGCAAUUUUUCGGCUAGAGUGGCAAUUGCGGUGGAGGUCGGUCUGUGCUUAAUUUGUGCAACUGUCCCAACUUUUGUUCCCACUGGUGGGGUCUCACUAUCCCAGCAGUUCCCUAGUUGUGUUUCCGGAGCUGGCUAGAAAGUUUCGUUGGUGUUUGCGUAGGGUUUAUGAUCAUGAGGGUGUUUUUCCCAACUUUUUUCAUUUUUUUCGGAGAGAUAUCUUUUCUGGGAUUUUUUUACCGUAUUCAUACUUACCUGUUAACCCCCUUCCAAAAUACUCACAGGGUUUAGAAGGCCAAAGCCAUUGGUGUUGCCGGGUCUUGGCUGGGUCGUUUGUUGGUUUGCUGGUUUCUUUUAAGAUUUCCUAUUAUUAUUGACACAAUAUCUAUGAUUUCUUUGAGUAACAACUAGAAUUUGUACUACGAAGUAACGACAUUAAAUGUAUCUUUAUCUUUAUCUGCGGUCAAGGUUG